AGCGCCUGCGCAGUAACGCCAAAUGUUCACGCCUGCAACGCGCGGCCAAGUCCUCGCCAUAGCCACCCGAAACGAGCAGCAGCUUUGCCCGCUCGAUCCCCAUCCCACCACCCAGCAGUCAUUGCUCAAUCGAUGCGUUUCUGGGUUGCUGCCGAAUCGGAGUUCCAGCCCGGCGUGGGGCAAUCCAGUCAUUUGCCGGCGAAGAUCCUUUCAAAUGGUGGCUUUUCGCGGAAAACGAGAAACACCGCCUCCUUUCCUUUGUCGUGCAUCCGGUAUUUUUCCUCCCAACGCCUUCUCCCUCCGACCAACACCUUCCACAGACCCGCAGCACCAAAAGCCCCCGACCGCUGCCGCCUGAACCCGAGGGAAAGAGAAGGGAACCCACCACUCCACCCCGUCGACAUCCAUCCGCGCACGCUUCUCCGCCCGCCCCGUUUCUCUCCGUUCGGUUGGGUUCGGUUGGAAGCGCCAAUCUGAUCUGCCCUGCCCGGAGCGGCGCCUCGAUGUCCGCGCGGCGGACGGCCAAGAGCCAGCACGCGGUGUCGACGCCGAGGAUCAUCAACCUCAACCUAGCGAGGAGGUCGGGCGGUGGUAGGCCCGGCCGUAGCGCUGGGCGCACGCAGCCCCGCCCGGCGGCAGCGCCGGGGCCGGUCAACCUCGGCGCGCUGUUCGAGAUGGAGCGCCGCGUGCGCGGGCUGGAGUCCGCGCCGGCGUCGCCGCCGCCGCAGUCUCAGGAGGAGGAUGCCGUGGAGCAGGAGGAGGAGAAGUGGCGGUUCCAGGCGGAGAUCCUCCGCGCCGAGUGCAACUUCCUCCGGAUGGAGCGCGAGGUCGCGCUCCGCAAGCUCGACCGCCACCGCGGGCAGAUGGAGGCCGCGCUCAAGUCCGCCGUCGAAACACUCGUCUCGGGGAGGAAGAAGAUCGACAAGAGGGGCGACGUUGGCGCGGUGGCGGCGCUGGACGAGGGGAUCGAGGACCUCGAGGAGAUGAUGGAGGAACUGCGGGUGGAGAAGGAGAGCGGGAGGAGGGCGAUGAGCGGGUUGCGAGAGCUGCAGCGGAGCCACGGCCGGAACUUCGAUCGGCAGGCGUCCUCGCUCCGCCGGCGCCUCGAGAAGAUGCCACCGCCGGUCGACACCGAGCCCUGCGUCAAGGACAUCCGCGAGAUCGCCCUGCCCGUCGCCCCGCUGCUACCGCCGCAGGCCGAGCACAGCGACGACGAUGAGCGCGUCCACAGCGCCAACAGUACCUCUGAUGUAGAAAUGCUGAGGAUGAAAAUGGAGGGGAUGUCAAAGGGGAUGCGGGAGAGGAUGGCAGAGUACAGCCGGCGCCUGGAAAUGGUCGCCGCCGGCGACAACGCUCGCUGCCAGUCCAGGAAAUGCGGCAACCGGCACAGUCGAAAGGCGAGCGCGAGCAGCCAGAGGAGCUGGAGCGGGGGCAGCAACGCGAGCAACAGCAACGUGCCGUUGGCCCGGGACGGCCGCAGGCGCCAGAGCAUGGCGGCGGAGCAGCGUCACCAGCAACCGAAGAUUAUGGCUGAAGAGUGCAAAACGGUGGGAUCUGGAAGCUGCUGCGACUGCAGGGAGAUCAUGGGGAAGAUAAUGGGGCAAGUAAAGGCAGAAUCAGAACAAUGGACAGAGAUGCAAGAUAUGUUGGAGCAGGUCAGGUUGGAGAUGCAAGAGCUGCAGUCUUCCAAGGAUACAUGGGAGCAUCGUGCUCUUGCUUCUGAUAUCAGUCUACGCUCCCUGAAUUCUCAAAUGCUAGAGUGGAAACACCGGGCGCAAGUGUCAGAACAAGAAGUGGACGAGCUGCAGAGGAAGAUUUCAGAGCUCCAAAGCAAGCUACACACAUUCAAAGCCCACUUUCCAACUCCUACCAUUCCUAGCCAAGAUGAAUGGUCAGAAGCGUGCAAGAUGGAGAACCCAAGAACCAAGCCUCAGCACCACCGAUCGCAGGAAUGCGGCAAGGAGAAGGAGAAGCACGUCCUCAUCUGCCGCGUGAAGUACUCGCCCAGCGUGAUCCCGAAGCGCUCGCCGUUCCAGGAGAUUGGCAACAUCAGCUUGCCACGGCAGCGGUGAGGACUGAGGAGCAUGGGUGUGGUGUGGUGUCUGCUGACUGACGGGCUGCUUCAGUGAAGGUUUCAAACAGGAGUGGAAGAGAGCUCUGUCACUUUGGCCUCUCCAGUUGCAUCGAUCAACCUCGAUCUAAUAAAUAAUCUAACCAAGUGAUGAGUAAUGGCGUCUGAUUUCUCGUCAGAUCUGUAGUAGUUAAGUCGCAAGUAGCCAGUAGGUGAGCUGAGACGGAGUUAAUUUGCCCUGAGGCUGGAGUACAGUGUUGA